AUGGCAACCCGUUCCCGGAGCACCGCUCGUCCCCCGUCCCCUCUUGAUCAAGGAGAGUUGGGACCCGCUCUUCCGGCAGCCGCCGAUGAGCCGAGAAGCCUCGAACCAGAGGUCUAUGGGGAAAUCUCCCUCGGCCGCGCAAUCUCCCUCCUCUUGGGAUUGCAAAACCAAGUCAUCCGGCUCGAACGGGAACUCAAGGAACUCAAGGAGGUCAACAAGGAAGCCCGAGAUUGGAUGGGAGCGGUUGACCAAACCCUCACUCAAAUUGAGGCUAUUGGGGGGCCCCAACCCCACACACCAGAAGACCGGAAGCCCCCGGCAGUCGAGGCCACGCCCAGGCCCAUAUCCAAAACCGACCCUCUUCCAGCGCCUAGUGCACCCCUCAUCGCCUGGGCCAACCCCACCAAGCCUCCCAUCACCUUCGCCCAACCAACUCCCGUCCGGGCUCCCCCGAGAGUCCCUACUCCCACUCCACCUGCGCCUAUCAGGCUCCAAUCCCCCCUUGCCUCUCAACCAGCGACUCCAGUAGUCGCUUAUCAAGCCCCCGUCAAGGUAGACCACCCCGACGCCUAUAUGGGGAAGAUUGGUAAUGAGUCCAGACAAUGGCUCACUAGGAUGAUGGCAUGGGUCCGCCUCAAUCAGCGGAUGUUCCCAACCAAUCAGGAGGUAUUAUCCUUCCUCCUGAUGAACAUGAAGGACACGGCAGGAGCCUGGGCACACCCCCACCUCGAUCAACUAGGGUCUCACAGGGCUAUCAUCCAAACGGUCGAGGACUUUAGGAGGGAAUUCCUAACCGCAUUUGGGAAUCCGGACGCCACACGAGCCGCCGAGCGGCAAAUUACAAACCUUACUCAGACAAGCACCUGUGCUGAGUACAUUACUAAGUUCAGGACCAUCGCCAUGGACCUGGACUGGAACGACGCCGCCCUUCGUGGGCAAUUCGCACGUGGCCUCCACUGGGAGGUCAGCCGUCUCAUUGCCACCCAAGAACGGCGCCCCACUACCCUCCUCAAGCUGCAGAACGCGGCUCUGGUCAUCGACAACGCCCUCCGUGAGGAACGCGCCAGCCACCCGCCUAAGGGUAAUAAGUCUGGCACCUCCAACACCACCCCCAACAGGGGGGCGAGUACCGGCCAACAGGCCACAAGACCAGGACGCCUCUCCAGCGAUCCCAACUUUGUCUCCGAGGAGGAACGCAACCGUUGCAGGGCUGAAGGCCUCUGCAUCAAAUGCGGAAAGACAGGGCACAAAUUUGCGGAAUGCCGCACUGGCUGGAAAGCCACGCCUAAGGAGGAAGGCGUCAAGAAAGAAGCCGCCAAAGACCCCAAGGACUCUGGUCUUGUUUUGGAAAUAUGUAAUAUAUCAAAUAGCCACAAUAGAAUCUCCCCUCUCUUUACUAUUUCCAUCAAACCAGAGAAACAAGCGGAACACUUAGAAGUCCUGAUAGACUCAGGCGCCACCUCAUCCUUCCUACACCCCCGUACAGCAGAACUACUCCGCCUCCCUCUAAUAGAUCUCCCACAACCACGUACUGUUACUAUGCUCGAUGGGUCGAGCCCCCAGGCUGGAAAGAUUUGGAAAAAGGCCCACCUAACCUUCCUAUUUGAUGGCAAACGCAUGACGGAAACCUUCCUGAUUUGCAAUACCGGAUCACACGCUGCCAUCUUAGGAAUCAAAUGGUUAGAGAACCAUAACCCCGAAAUCGAUUGGAACUCGCGCACCCUUUCCUUCCCUCACACGCCCCCGGAACACAUAGCCAUUGCCAAAGAAGAGGAAGCUGACAAGAACCCCCUUGAAGGAGUACCCUCCAAGUACCAUCAAUAUGCAAAGGUAUUUGGAGAAGAAGAAUUCAAUAAACUUCCCCCUCAUAGGCACUACAAUAUUGAUAUUGAACUUACGGAAGAAGGACCCCUGAACUUGCCCCUUUACAGCAUGACUGAUGCCGAAUCCGCCACACUCAAGGACUGGCUCAGGGACAAACUCAAGGCUGGGAAAAUCCGUCCCAGUAAAUCAUCAAUCAGCUCCCCGGUUAUGUUCGUACCCAAGAAGGAUGGUUCCCGUCGGCUUGUAGUGGAUUAUCGUUGCCUAAACAACCGGACUAAGAAGAAUGUGUACCCAUUACCCCGUCCUGAUGACCUCAUGGCCCAGCUCCGCGGUGCCAAGGUAUUCACCAAACUAGACUUACGAUGGGGUUAUAACAAUGUCCGGGUCAAGGAAGGUGAUGAGUGGAAAACGGCUUUCCGCACCAAGUACGGCCUAUACGAGUCCCUAGUGAUGACCUUUGGCUUAACAAACGCGCCUGCCGCCUUCCAGCAUUUCAUGAACAAGCUAUUCAAGGAUUUACUGGAUGUAUGCGUCAUUAUCUACCUUGACGAUAUCCUGAUAUACUCUAAGGAUGACGCAUCGCAUACACAACACGUUCAUGAGGUUCUGAGGCGACUAAUGGAAAAUCAACUGUUCUGCAAGGCAUCCAAGUGCACAUUCCACGUCACCUCUGUGGAAUACCUAGGGAUCAUCGUCUCAGAUAAGGGUUUUAGCCUGGAUAAGCUCAAAAUCCAGGCAGUACAAGACUGGCCGGUACCUACUAAGGUUAAAGAAGUCCAAUUGUUUCUGGGAUUCGCCAACUUCCUUCGUUGCUUUGUUGCCAACUUCAGCCACGUGGCUAGGCCGCUACAUAACCUAGUCAAGAAAGACGCACCAUGGAAAUGGGACAACAAGGAACGGGAAGCCUUCCAGGGGUUGAAAGACGCUAUAACCAACGCCCCAGUCCUCUGUCACGCCGACCCGUCUAAGCCUUACUUCCUAGAAACGGAUGCUUCUGGCGCAGCACUAGGUUCCAUAUUGAGUCAACGCCAGGAAGACGGUCGCCUACAUCCCCUAGGAUUCCUAUCAGAGUCAUUCAAAGGCGCAGAACAGAACUAUGAUACGCAUGACAAGGAAUUACUGGCUAUCAUACGCUCAUUUGAGUAUUGGCGCAUUUUCCUGGAAGGAACCCUGCACCCCAUCACCGUAUUCACUGACCAUAGGAACCUGGAAUACUGGAAGGAGUCAAGAACAUUUAACCGCCGACACGCGAGAUGGCACCUACUGUUAGCAGGUUACAACUUCCAAAUUGUUUACCGCCCAGGAAAGCAGUCAGGGAAACCCAAUGCUCUCUCACGCCGUUCUGACCACGCCGAUAUUCCACCCGCUGACCAAACCAUGCUCCCGGAACCUAUAUUUGCAAACGUAGCCUUAGUCACGCCAGAGAAGGAAUUACAACGCCAGAUUGAAUUGUCACUUGAUCAGGACAAGUCCUUGGAAGAAAUCCUACAGUUCCUACAAAACGAGUCCAAAGCCCCACCUUCUAUCAAACGCGCAUUUAAGGAUUACGAAAUGGAGGCAGGUCUACUGUUCUACCAAGGACGUAUUGUGGUCCCAGAUGUGGGCUCUUUGAGGACGGAUCUUCUACGGAUAUUCCACAAUAGUCCCCUGGCAGGACACCCUGGCAGACAGCGUACUCUAGAACUAGUCUCACGUAACUACUAUUGGCCAGGCAUCCGAGCAGACACAUACUGGCACGUGGAUUCCUGUGAAACUUGUCAACGGAUCCGGAAACCAAAGUACGCCUCCAUCCCCCCACAGCCACUCGAACUCCCAUCCAGGCCGUGGCAACACGUUUCCUAUGACAUGAUCGUAGAUUUACCAAAGGACGGAAGCAACGACUCAAUCCUGGUCAUAGUAGACAGCUUCACCAAAUACGGGAUCUUUGUCAAAUGCUCCAAAAAGCUGAAAGCACCCAAGCUAGCGGAGCUGUUCCUGGAACACGUAUGGAAACGCCAUGGGAUGCCGGAAAAGACAGUAUCGGAUAGAGGAAGGGUCUUCAAUAACAAAUUCUUACGGGCUCUUUACAAACGCCUUGGAAUUGACCCGCACUUCUCAUCGGCAUACCACCCCCAGAGCGACGGUCAAACGGAACAAGUGAACCCCUCCAUUGAACACUUCCUUAGAGCAUACUCAGGAGUCAAUCAAAGAGACUGGACCAAAUGGCUCCCAAUGGCAGAGUUCGCAUACAACAACGCGGUGCAUAGCAGUACGGGCAAAACCCCCUUUAAAGCUCUGUACGGCUGGGAACCUACCUUAACUCCGUCAAACGUACCAACAGAUGUCCCGGAAGCAGACAACCUUGCCCAAACAAUGGAGGCACAAUGGAAAGAGGUGGAGUCAGCCCUCCGACAGUCCAAGCAACGGAUGACAGCCGGAGAAGAAGGAAGCCCAGCGGAAUUUGAGAUUGGAGAAGAAGCCUGGCUGGACGCCAAGAAUGUUAACCUUAAAACACUAAGUCCCAAACUAACGGAACAACGUCUGGGACCCUUCAAGGUUAUCGAAAAAAUCUCUGACCAAGCUUACCGCUUAGAACUCCCCCCAACCAUGCGGAUUCACAAUGUCUUCUAUGUGGGACUCUUAUCUAAGGUCAAGAGGGACAAAAAGCGUACCUUUGAAAAUUGUCCCCUUCCAGUCACUGUGGACGGGGAAGAGGAAUACAAAGUAGAAGGGAUAACAGACAUGGAGGAGAGAGACGGGAAAUGGUUCUUCAGGGUCAAAUGGAAGGGCUACAGACCAGAAGAGAACACGUGGGAGCCCCGAGAGAACCUCAAAAACGCGGGGAAAAUUUUGAAAAAAUACAAGGAAGAAAUGAGAAAGAAGGCCCUCGGCGCUGCCAAGGCCCUUAGAGGGGGGGCAGUGUUGUAG